UCCAACUGUCAUAACAAAACAAAUUUCUUCACAUUUUUUUUUUCGUCGAAUGGAAGUUGUUUUUAGUUAAAAUUAUUUUAUUAAAAAUGUCUACAAAACCAGAACAAACAAAAUCAUGGAAGAAAAUAAACGAAGAACGCAAAGCAAUAAAAAAACAACGUAAACAAGAAAACAUUCUCAAACAACUCGAAAAGGCAAACAAACUUGAAGAAUUGGCCAAAUCAGCUCAAUUACAAAAGGCAACCGAAACGAAGAAACCCCUAUCAACUGUGAGUAUUGCUGUUCCCGGGUCAAUUCUUGAAAACGCUCAAUCCUCUGAACUACGUACAUACGUUGCUGGACAAAUUGCUCGCGCUGCUUGCAUAUUCCGUGUUAACGAAGUCAUUGUCUUUGACGAUAUUGGCAUUGCCACAGCCAAAGAAACCAAAAAGACAACUGGCGACGAUGGACAAGAUCAGACGGUGAGAGGUAGUUCCCUGCAAUUGGCACGUAUCUUGCAGUAUUUAGAGUGUCCGCAAUAUCUGCGGAAGUUUCUAUUUCCUUUGCAUAAGGAUCUUAAGUAUUCAGGGCUUUUGAAUCCAUUGGAUGCACCACAUCACAUGCGAAUGCAAAAUGUAUUCCUUUAUCGUGAGGGUGUUGUAUCUGAUAAGAAAGCAAAAGAAGGACAUUGUUAUGUUAAUGUUGGCCUGUUGGCCGAUGUGAUGGUGAAUAAGGCAAUUUCUCCAGGUGUUCGGGUAACAGUCCGAAUGGAUUCCUUAAAUGAAAUCAAAGCGAAAAAGAUGAAGGCAACUGUUGUGAGUCCAGAUGAGCCUCGUCGUGAAACUGGUAUCUAUUGGGGUUACACAGUUCGUGUGGCUCAUUCAUUUUCGGAAAUCUUCACAAAGUCUCCCUAUAAAGAAGGCUAUGACCUAACACUGGGAACAUCUGAUAGAGGAACAAGUGUGGUUGAAGUCCAACAAAAAUCCUUGCAUUACAAUCAUCUCUUGAUUGUGUUCGGUGGUCUGAAAGGGCUGGAAGCUGCCGUGGCUAAUGAUGACAAACUUAAUGUCGAACCAAAACUUCUUUUCGAUCAUUAUUUGAAUGUUUUACCUUCGCAAGGAUCUAGAACUAUUCGAACGGAGGAAGCAAUUCUGAUAGCGAUGGCAGCAUUGUAUGAAAAAUUUGAUCCUGAAGUCCCUGAUAUCAAAAGAGAUUUCGAAGAAUUUAUUCCUCAGAGUGAGGAAACUUCAAUGCAACAGCAAGUUAGCGGUGUACCAUCUGGAGAUGUAGAUUUAAGUAGAUUUGACUAAAGUAUAUUUUUGUUUUAUUUGUUUAUUUUUUUU